GAGUAAAAUCAGUCAUUUUCACGCGUGCGUUCGGUACGGACGUACGUUUAAAUAUUUAACGAUAAGUCAAAUUAAAAAAUAACCUUCAAAAAUAAUAUUAAAUACCAAAAACUUGCUGUUUAUAUAUUCAAUUGGAGCAGAUUUUAAAAUAUCACUCUUCACCAAUACAAGAUAUUUUUUUUUAAACUCCUGAGUAAUAAAGAACAAAGAUGUCGGCAAAGGCGAUCAGAGAAGCGACAGGAAAAGAUUUGAUAAACAGAAAACUUGGUAACGGAACAGCAGCAGCUAAAUGUCGUUUCGUUGCAAUAGACGAAACAACCAAUUGGUCAACAAUAGCCUCAGAAAAUCCUUGGCUAAAAACAGAAAAACUCGUAGUAAAGCCCGACCAACUGAUAAAACGACGCGGUAAACUUGGAUUGAUUAAAGUAAAUGCUGAUUUGCCAGCAGUCAAACAAUGGGUUGAAGAGAGAAUCAAUAAAGAACAAAAGGUUGAAAAAGCAACCGGUAAACUCAAGACAUUUAUUAUUGAACCUUUUAUACCGCAUAAACCUGAAGAAGAAGCCUACGUCUGUAUUUAUUCCCACCGUACUGCAGACACUAUUUUAUUUCACCACGAAGGCGGAGUUGAUAUUGGAGACGUUGAUGCUAAAGCACUGAAACUUGAUGUACCAGUCGGCCAAGAACUUCCAGAUCAAGAUACGCUGAUAAGUAAAUUACUCGUCAAUGUUCCAGACAGUAAAAAAAAAAUGAUUGCCGAAUUCAUCGACGCACUCUACAAUAUUUACAUUAAUUUAUACUUUACAUACAUGGAAAUAAACCCGCUUGUAGUAACUGAUGAUACAAUUUAUAUUUUGGAUCUCGCUGCUAAAUUAGACACUACUGCUGAUUUUAUCUGUCGUCCUGACUGGGGUGAAAUCGAUUACCCGCCACCAUUCGGACGUGAUGCAUAUCCAGAGGAGGCCUACAUCGCAGACUUGGAUGCUAAAUCUGGCGCGAGUUUAAAAUUGACAAUUUUGAACCCACAGGGUCGUAUUUGGACGAUGGUCGCUGGUGGCGGUGCCUCUGUUAUUUAUUCCGACACCAUUUGUGACUUAGGCGGAGCUUCAGAAUUAGCCAAUUACGGGGAAUAUUCAGGAGCGCCAAGCGAACAGCAAACAUACGAAUACGCUAAGACUCUUUUGAGUUUAAUGACUAAAGAAAAACAUCCUGACGGUAAAGUACUGAUCAUUGGCGGUGGUAUCGCUAAUUUUACAAACGUUGCUGCGACAUUCAAAGGAAUCGUCAAAGCACUGCAACAGUUCCAACCCUUACUCGUUGAACAUGAGAUAAAAAUAUUUGUACGACGUGCCGGGCCAAAUUACCAAGAAGGUCUGAGAAUAAUCCGUGAAGUAGGACGUCGUCUAGGAAUUCCAGUUUAUGUGUUCGGUCCAGAAACGCACAUGACUGCUAUCUGUGGAAUGGCCAUGGGAUCAAAACCAAUUCCAGACCCAGAAGCUCAGGAAUUUUCUACAGCUAAUUUUCUUUUGCCAUCAGGACAAGAUGUCGGUCCAACGUCACCAUUAAAUGGCGACUCUACGGAGUCAUCAUCACCCCCAGAAAAACAGCCUAAAAUAAAAACCACAGACUCGGUCGAUUCUGCUGAGUCAAAAGAACUUUUCAGCAACACAACGCGCGCUAUUAUUUGGGGAAUGCAAACUAGAGCAGUCCAGAGUAUGUUGGAUUUUGAUUUCGUCUGUAGAAGAUCAGUGCCAUCGGUAGCAGCGGUCGUGUAUCCAUUCGUUGGUGAUCACAAGCAGAAAUUCUAUUGGGGCCACAAAGAAAUUUUAAUUCCCGUUUACAAACAAAUGAAAGACGCGAUGACGAAACAUCCGGAUGCUGAUGUAAUGGUGACCUUUGCAUCGUUACGUUCAGCAUAUGAAAGUACACUUGAGACUCUUCAGUUUCCCCAAAUUCGUACGAUUGCUAUAAUCGCUGAGGGUAUUCCUGAGAAUAUGACACGUAAACUUAUUCUGAUGGCCCAUGAAAAAAAUGUUACGAUAAUCGGACCAGCAACAGUCGGCGGUGUCAAGCCCGGGUGCUUUAAAAUUGGCAACACCGGGGGUAUGAUGGACAAUAUCCUUCACAGUAAACUUUACAGAUCUGGUAGCGUUGCCUAUGUAUCAAGAUCCGGUGGAAUGUCGAACGAACUUAACAAUAUUAUAUCCAAAGCAUCGAACGGAGUCAUCGAAGGAGUCGCUAUUGGUGGCGAUCGUUAUCCAGGCACGACAUUUAUGGACCACAUAAUGCGUUAUCAAAACAAUCCUGAUGCUAAACUGAUAGUACUGUUGGGAGAAGUCGGUGGGGUUGAAGAAUACGAAGUUUGCGAGGCUUUAAAAAGUGGGAAAAUAACAAAACCAUUGGUCGCAUGGUGUAUUGGUACCUGCGCGUCGAUGUUUAAGUCAGAAGUACAGUUCGGUCAUGCUGGGUCUAUUGCUCACAGUAAUUUGGAGACAGCCUGUGCUAAAAACUCAGCAUUAAAAUCCGCUGGCGCUUAUGUUCCCAACAGUUUUGAUACUCUUGGUGACUUAAUUGGUUCUGUAUAUCAUGACCUGGUUAAAAAAGGUACGAUUGUACCUGCUCCAGAAUUACCACCACCUACGGUACCUAUGGAUUACUCAUGGGCACGUGAAUUAGGAUUAAUUAGAAAACCUGCGUCAUUUAUGACAUCAAUAUGCGACGAACGUGGACACGAACUUCUGUAUGCUGGUGUACCGGUUACUGAAGUACUGAAACAAAAUGUCGGUAUUGGUGGAGUUGUUUCAUUGCUUUGGUUCCAGAAAUGUUUGCCGCCACUUUACUGUAAAUUUUUGGAGAUGUCAUUGAUGCUGACGGCUGAUCAUGGACCGGCUGUUUCCGGUGCUCACAAUACGAUCGUUUGUGCACGUGCAGGUAAAGAUCUUGUGAGUUCUUUGGUAUCUGGACUGUUGACUAUUGGAGAUAGAUUUGGUGGUGCGUUGGAUGGAGCUGCGCGAAUGUUCUCAGAAGCUUACGAUGCGGGUCUUCAUCCACAAGAGUUUGUCAACAACACACGGAAAAAGGGAAAACUUAUUAUGGGAAUUGGACACCGUGUUAAGAGUAUCAAUAAUCCUGAUAUGAGAGUUAAACUUAUCAAAGAAUAUGUUAUGGAAAGUUUUCCGGCAAAACCACUGGUCGAAUAUGCUCUCGAAGUUGAAAAAAUUACUACAAGUAAAAAACCUAAUCUUAUAUUAAAUGUUGAUGGUAUGAUCGCAUGUGCAUUCGUUGAUAUGCUGAGAAAUUCUGGGUCAUUCACGAGAGAGGAAGCACAAGAGUACAUCGAAAUUGGAGCGAUCAACAGUUUAUUCGUUCUUGGACGUAGUAUUGGAUUCAUUGGCCAUUACAUGGAUCAAAGGAGACUGAAGCAAGGAUUAUACCGACAUCCUUGGGACGAUAUCUCUUACGUCUUGCCAGAACAGUACAAUUAAAAAUUGACGAAAGUAAAAAAAAAGAAGAAAAAAUUUAGGAAACAUAAUUUUUUUUUUUUUUUUCGUAAAAAACUCACUUUCAUUUCAUCCGUCAUAAAAUAGUUAUUAAAAACAGGUGUACAAUUUCACAUUUCUUUAUUCAUUCUUACGAUUAAUUCGUACUAUUUUUUUUUAUUAAUUAAUAAUUAUAAAUAUAUAAGUUCAAUACUUUUUUUUUGUUUGUUUAAUUGCACUUGUUAUGCAGAUAGAAAGCACGAAAAAAUUUAAAGAAUAAUAUAAUUUAUAUUGUUUUAAAAAAAUAAAAA